UUACUCCACCAGAGACGGCGUCUGGCGCUGGAGCGACGGUGCGGCCGUUCCCAUGGGCGCUCCAUAUUGGGCGUUUAAUACUGCGGUAAAUGCGGGGAGAGAACCUGAAGGCGGUACUCUGGAAAACUGCGCCGUCAUCUACCCCGCUGGAAACUGGGCAGUCUUUGCUUAUACCUGUGGGGCAAUAAACGUUUAUCCUAUUUGCUCAAGAACACCGCUGCAUGGACAUUGCGGGCAACCAUUUGUGUUGGUGGGCACGCACUGUGUCCACGUUAUCCAGGCUGGAAGUACUUGGGCUGCCGCACGCACCCAGUGUGGACUGCUUGGUGGAGACUUGAUCAUUCUUGAGGACUGUCAUCAGUACCGCAAGGUUUACCUCUACCUAACCGAGAAAGGUUACAAACCUUUUGCAUUUUGGAUCGGUGGCUCAGAUCUCGCCAUCGAAGGGCAAUGGCGCUGGAUAGACGGUUCGCCGAUUGCUAUGGGUGUUCCAUACUGGGGCAAUGUUCAAGUAGGAGGUCCUGGAGCUCCAGAACCCAACAACCCUGGAGUGGAGAACUGCAUGGAGCUCAGUUCAGCGUGGAUGUACCGCUUUUCCAACACGCUGUGCAACAACACGCGGCGGGUGGUGUGCGAGACCCAUCCCCUCUAGGGGAAGUAUUGAGAAUAGGGUCCCUUCUAGAAGAACAAUGUGAUUUUAUUUCAAUAAAAUUAUAGGGAUGAUGGUCCUUUCUAGAAAAGUAUCGUGGUUAUAUUCCCUGGAGGGAUAUUGGGACCUUCAUUAAAGUAAAUUCUAAGAUGGAAAAAUCAAGAGAUAUGCAUUCAAUUAUGUAAUUGAAUCGAAUUAGACUGGAAUAAUGAAUAUUCAUAACCAAAAGGUAUAGAUUGGUAAUCCCAGAAUAGAUAAUACUUGUAACUUAAGAACCCGUUACCUCAAGCACCGUCAUCUCCAACCACCUCGUUCCAAAUCCAGUUAAUAAUUUUGAAACUAGCUAUUUGAUUAAACUUGUUCAAAACCACUUUUAGCUCGGAACUCCAACUAAAGUCGCAAUUUGAUGAGUAUAUAAGAAGCUGAACCUAUAUUUGUGAACGCAAUAUACACUUGUAUGUUAAUCGCAUUGCGAUUUUAAAUUUAUUUUUCGCAUUCAUUGUUCAAUGUCUCAUGAUUACAUGUUAAAAUAAAAUUGUAUGCUCUAGCAAUAUCCUGGCAAGAAUUAUCCUUGAUGUAUAAUGGAUUAAUUCUGUUAUGAUUACUUCAUAUCAUAAUAAAUAGUUCGUGUCAUCAUUAUAGCGUCUAUUUAGUCACACAUUCGCACUUACAUCGUUAAUACCGGUGUAGGGUUCCUGCAUAAAUUAAUACAUUUUAUUUCAUUCUUGUAACGUAAUUAAGCCCAGUGAUUAUUGUAAAUUCUUGGGAUAUUCUGUAGCCUUGCCAUUUAAUUUAAGUUGUGAUGUUUGGCGAGCAACUUUCUCGAGAUAUUCCACAGUUUAUACCAAAUAUAGUGUGAUUAUUGGAUGUGAUUACAGGAUGUGAUAUGAUUAUGUGAUUAUAGGAUGUGAUAUGAUCAUGUAUGCUUAUGUGAUUAUAGGCUGUGAUUAUAGGAUGUGAUUUUAGGAAGUGAUAUGAUUAUGUAUGAUUAUGUGAUUAAAGGCUGUGAUUAUAGGAUGUGAUUUUAGGAAGUGAUAUGAUUAUGUAUGAUUAUGUGAUUAUAGGCUGUGAUUAUAGGCAGAGGUGGGCAGUAGCGCGCUACAUUUUCGGUACGAGGUUUUGC